AUGUCCUCUGGCGAGGUCGAAUUUGAUUUAGGUGGGCUUUCAGUAUUCCUAACUAUUGCAGCUGUCUUAUUUGGCACACAAGACCAUUCUGGGGGCGCCCUUGAGAUAUAUACUGCGCAGGAUAUCCAAACUGGUGAGAGACCGUUCCAUGGCGUGAACGUCACUUGUUCCGCGGUUUCAAAUAAGGGGGACUUGUUUCGAUUCGUUGAAGAGCUUGGAGGGACGUCUUCCCUGGAUCUAAUUGACUCGACAACACAUUUGAUCACUCAUGGCCCAGGGAGCGAGAAGUACAAGUACGCUCUCGAGCAUGGAAUUCCCUUGAUACAUCCCGAUUGGAUAAUGGAGUCCCACGCUAGAUUCGUAAACGGUGAAGACAUUGACGCACACCAGCUCCUAAACAAGUAUCACCUCAAAUGCUUCCAGGGACUUAAUAUUUGUGUAGCGGGCGAAGACAAGCUUGAGCAGAGGCAUCGGAUGGCGCAAAUAAUAGAGGACCAAGGGGGUUGCUAUUCUAAGGAUGUGGACCAGUCUGUCACGCAUUUAAUCCUCUGUGGCUCAAUUAAUGCUCCGCUCAAUUCCAUCGGCGAUAUUCCACUUAAAGUACAAGAAGCGAUGUGGAUCAACGAAACUCGCUCUACUCCAUCUACACCUUACAACUUCCCGCGAAAGCGAAAAUACGGAGAAUCGUCAGGGUUGUCAACCCACGGACCGAUUCAAAUUGUCUGGUCUGAGUGGCUCUGGGAUUGCGCAUAUGCUCGAGGGCGAUUCGAUGAAAAACUGUACGAUGCGACUGUACAGGCGCGCCCCGAACCUAGAAAAUUUCCUAAUGGUUUCUCUGAGCCCGAGCCUUCCUUUUCCGCGGUAUCAACGUCAACUCCGAAAGGUCAAUUCAUGCGACCGCAUUCGGAUACGAAUGUCGACGAAAACACGCGCGCGCGCGCAAGCAAAACUCACACUUACGCCCAAUCCAACCUCUGGACCAAGAUCAAGCAACAGAAAGUCAGGUCAAAGGAGAUCCUACCAGAUGGCCAGCCGAAAGCCGGAGAAGUCAAAGCUACGACGUCAGCACCUACUUCUGGCGACGCGACAAGGGGCAUGACAGUGCCAAAGACAGCACUAUCUCGCGUGAGCGGGAUGCGAACUUUUGAAAUAGGCGAACCAGGUCCAAGCUCUGAGCCGCGUGACAGUAAUCGUGUCUUUAAUCGCGUUUCUUCGAGAGAAACUGCCCCCACAGAAGCUCAAAUAUUUUCCGGCUUCGUUUUUGGAGCAUUGGUGGGGAAUCACGGACGUAGCGAUGUUCUGAAACGUGAAAUACAGGCUCGUGGAGGCAGGUUUCUGACCGGCAUGACGCCUUCCCAAGCCCUUGAAAUGGCACAUUUUGUGAUCGUGCCGUUAACAAGCACGGCACACGUCGGAAUAGAGAACGAGCAAUACAAAUCCAAGCUGCGCACGGAAUCCUGGCUGGAGCAUUGUAUCUUUGAGGAUCGUGUAGAUAAGUUUCGCAUUGCUUACUCCGGUCUCAAUAACAUGGAGACUACCUAUCUCAAACGAUUUGCCCGCGCCAUUGGGCUGGACAUACCUGAAAUUGCCAAGCGAAAUUUGAUUACCCACAUGGUUUGUCCAUCCAGGAUGGGCCAGAAAUACGAGAAAGCCGUAGAAUGGCGCAUACCAGUUGUGAAUCUAGAGUGGGUUUACAAUCUUGCAAUACAACCGCAAGAUGGCGCCUCUUUUGAGCCUGCCCCGGUCAUUGAUAUCACUAAUGAAAUGAUCACGCAGGAUGAAUUACCACAAAAUCGCUCUCCAUCUCGGACCAGAAGUUCUCGAGCCGGGCAUGAUAAAGUGUCCACUCCACGUAAACCUAUGGCCAAAACCCCUGAACGUCUUGCCAUUCCACAAACACCGACCAGUUCUCGAACCAACGCAUCGUCCAAUGUGCGCCCGACGCGGUCUCCGGGUCUGCCUCGUGCACCUCGUGGGGGAAUAAAUUCACCAGCCUCCAAAAAGCUCCAAUCUCAUUUCGAUGGGCGACGUAGUGCGACUCCGUCCAACAUGGUCCCCUCAACGCUCAAGCUGGACAUUUCUACCCCCAAGAAAUCGAGAUCCGAGAGUGUAGUGCCUUCGUCUCAGUCACCUUCUCCCUUCAAAUCCCCAAUGGCAAGGGCUGUUCGAGACCAAUUAGCAUCUAUCCUUGGGGGCAAUGACGAAUUCAGUGGUCAGGAGUCUUCCAACCCUGAUAGAGUGAGUCUAAGUGCCUCAACAAAUUCCAACAACCCACCCCGUAAGAAAGCCCGGCCAAUACCAAGACAUAAGGCCACUACCCCAGAUGGAUUUACUGCUUCUCGCUCAGGUUCGAUGAAUGCCUCGAGUGGUGCCCUCUCGAUCCCAGACUUGGACCCUCAACAGUCUUGGUCAAAGUUCGAACCACGCGCAGAAGAGAGCUGCACCACCCACUACGAAAUUCCUAUCGAUGAUGAUUCCUUGCGUGUUCAAUACCUUGAUCCAGGGCAGAAAGCGGUGAAGGACCAAUUGAUGGCCCUGGUUGAUGGCGGGGACGGAGCUAACAAUCAUGAAAAUACGAAAGGACGUUCUCCAAAGUCAUCCGCAAAGCCCGGACCUACGUCGAAAUCCACAAGAAAGAGGGGCGGCAUGGCCACUCGCCGAAGUGCUAGGAAAGCCGGGCCUUGA